GUGACUAUCAUAACCUAUAAAUUGUUUUGACACAUUAUCAAACGUCAGUUGUAGAUUGGUCGUGGUAGGGGCUGCGCGCGCAAUCUCUACGUAGAAUAUAAUUAUGGUUCACCUAUUGGAGCAGGACUUCGGUACGUUUAAAAACGAAACAGUAAAGAAGUACACAUGGCAAACCAAGAGCGGAUUCAAAGUGUCCGUCAUUUCAUAUGGUGCUAACAUUCAGUCUAUUUUGGUACCUGACAAAGUAGGUGAAUUAAAUGACGUGGUACUUGGAUUUGAUGAUCUUAGUGGGUAUGUGGAGAGAAAUGAGCCGUACCUUGGAGCGACUGUGGGUAGAUGUGCAAACAGAAUAAGAGGCGCUAAUUUUCAGAUAGAUGGCGCUGAAUACCAAUUAGCAAAGAACGUUUCAGAUCACGAUCAUUUACACGGAGGAUUGGUUGGUUUUGAUAAGGUUAACUGGAAUUCAGUCGUAGACGGAUCUAAAGUGACAUUCAGUUAUCUAUCAAAAGACGGUGAAGAGGGAUAUCCUGGCGACUUGUUAACUAACGUCAUUUAUGACGUAACGGAUGAUGACGUCAUUCAUGUCCAGUUUAUCGCGACCUCAACAAAGAAAACCGUUAUAAAUUUAACAAAUCAUUCGUACUUUAAUUUAGCUGGUCAUGAUGCUGGUGCUGAAGAAAUUUAUAACCAUGUGAUAUCGAUAAAUGCUGAUAAAAUUACAGAGACCACUCCUCAGUCGAUACCAACCGGUGGUUUUGUUAACGUCGGUGGUACACCGUUCGAUCUUCGUAUUCCAGUACGUCUCGGUGAUGCGAUGAAGCAAGGACAAAACUUGUUUGAUGACAAUUUCUGUAUUAAUACAUAUGGAAAUAAGGAAUUGAACUUCGUAUCUCGAGUAAGUCAUGCGAGAUCAGGACGUUACUUAGAGGUGUACAGUGACCAGCCAGGAGUUCAGCUGUACACAGCCAAUUUCCUGCCGUUCCCUGACCAGGAGGCUCUAGUGGGGAAGUCCGGAGUUGGGUAUAGAAGACACGGUGCCUUCUGUUUGGAGACACAGAAUUAUCCGGAUGCUAUUCAUCAUCUUAAUUUCCCAUCUCCUGUCCUGAAGCCAGGAGAUAUUUAUGUACAUAAAGUUACGUAUAAAUUUGGUAGGGAAAAAUAUAAUUUUCCUCAAGUGGUUACUGCUUAAAAUUUAAAAAGUUUCUAUUGUUAACUAAU